UCAUGAGAUAGGGUUAAACGCUUGGAAACGGCGUUUCUCGUGUAAAUUUUCUUCCAAAUUUCGGACAAUUAUGGUGAUUGUGUAAUUAAUAUGUCCACUCCAGCUGAAGAAUUAGUUGGCUUGCCGCCUGAAGUUAUAUGGGAGUACCAGUUUCGUCUGAUUCUUGUGGGAGAUUCGACAGUAGGAAAGUCUUCAUUACUACGCCGAUUUUGUGACGGUAAAUUUGUUGAGGUGUCUGACCCGACGGUUGGGGUUGAUUUCUUCGCCCGGCUUAUUGAAGUGGCGCCAGGCAGGAGAGUUAAGCUGCAGCUUUGGGAUACAGCCGGCCAAGAACGGUUUAGGUCCAUUACAACUUCCUACUAUCGAAACUCUGUGGGUGUUCUCUUAGUGUAUGACAUUUCUAAUCGACGAAGCUUUGAAAAUCUUCAAGAAUGGCUUCUGGAGGCAAAGGAGAAUGUCACCAAUCCAAAAAGCACAACGUACAUGGUGAUUGGUCAUAAAUCAGAUCUGGACGAUAAGAGGGAAGUUUACAAGGAGGAAGGAGAGAAAUUUGCGGCUGCUUAUAAUAUGAAGUUUAUUGAGACGUCGGCUAAGGCGUGUAUUAAUGUAGAGGCUGCAUUCUCAGUCAUGGCUAAGGAGAUUUAUGUCAAACUCAAAGAAGGAGAUUUGGAAAUUCAAGAUGGGUGGGAUGGAAUUAAAGGAGGGUUUUCUGCACCACGGGAGACGCUAAGAUUGGAAGAACCAAGACAGGAGAAAAGGCCAUGCUGUGCAUGAUGAUGGUGAAUAGUAGUAUUAAAUGUACCCUCACCCAAAGGGAUAUAACCCAGAGAAGGCUGUGUAUUUCAUAAACCUAAACCAGUAAACUGCCUAAUUGCUUCCAAGUUGAAUGUUGAUUGAAAUCUUACUGUAUGCUAAAGAUUUGCAAUUUACGUAAAUUAAAGUAAAAAACAAAACUUGAUGCAUUGGGUCUCCAUUUGUCAUCUGUAAAGGUGAAAUAAAAUAUACCAAAAUAUGUAUCAAGAACACAACUAUUUGAUCCAAAGAAUCAGUGUAAGGCCAAGUUUGCAUUGCAAAUUGGAAACAUGGUUACAGUUUGGCAUGAGUAGUGACACUGUGCAGACAUCGUGUGUGUGCACAUUGACUGUGGAUGGACAAAGCUUUACUGGGUUGUAUUUCUUUUCAAUGUACAUGUAUCAGCAGAUAGGUUUUCACUUUCUACAUCAGGCCCUGCACGAUUGGUGAAAUUGAACAUAAUUAAGAAAGGGGCUUUGUGUGAAAGGGAUGGGGAUCGUACUCUCUAACUGCUUGAUAGUGCUACCUCGACCCUCACUCGAAUGUUUUCAAACAAAAUACAAAUAGAUCGCCAAAUAAUAUAAAGUACCAAGUUUUAGAAAAUGUUUGACCGUCCAGUUUACUAUAAGAAAUUAUUCUUGACACAUGGACAAAACCUGAGACGCAAAAUAAGAGCCAUAUAUUGAGGAGGUGGGUGUGGCGUUUACGAAAAUGGGGAGACAUUAUCUGUGGCUGGUACAAAUACUAAACAAGUAAUGUUUGUGAUGCUAGUGAAGUAUGCAGUAUGUAUCUUUAGUAAGUAUAUUGAAUUAUGUGGACCCCAAAUUAUCCAGUAUUCGCCAUCAAUAUCAAUUGUGUGUAAAUAUCAAAGUUAGAACAAUGUAAUUUGCCAACUGGUAUGUAAUGCAAAGUAUUGUAUGUAGAAAUAUCGGAAGCAAUGUGUUGCUAGAAUAACAAAGAUUUAAAUCCAUUUACAUUUUAAAAUGUUUUUAAAUCUAUUUUCAUAACCAAAAUGCAUCAAUGAUUCGAGCACAGCACAUACUUUUUCAAUUGAACGAUUUUAUUAAUAUUUUAUUUGGAGUUAUAAAAACUUGUCAAUUUUUUCAGUUUACUAGAUCACAGUGGCAAUGAAUUUUGAACGUGUAAUUUAAUGGAUUUGUGUUUGUUUGUUUAGAUGAUCUUCCUGUCAAGGGAACUCGACAAACUCCCACACAGGAAUAUAAAUACCAAGCUGGCAACAGCCAAUCUCUCUGAUCUCAUACAAACAUUGGGUUACCAUCUAUGAUUAUAAAUUACACAAAUCAAGAAAUUGUGAUUCAAUAACUAUCGACAAUACUUAUUCGAGUCAUUGUGAAAUCAACAGUAUGGAUUCGAACCCACAACCUUGAUAACAAGUCCUAGUUUUUAUUUGCACCUGUCAGCCUUUACCAUUUUUUUCAAAAUACCGCUGCUACAUGUAGUUACAGGAUUUGAACUUGUGACUCUUCACUGCCAGGCACGCUUGGUGAUCUAGUUGCUGAGACAUCUGCUCUUUGACAAAGGGUCGAACCUAACCCAAGUAGUCUGUGAAUUGUUUCUCAAAUGACUAAGACUAGGAUAAGCACCAAGUUUGAAGAGUAAAAUCAAAAUUAUACAACUUCUUUUUCUUUUCUUCUUUGCCAAGACUCUGGUCGGCAGCAGCUGACAAAAUAAAAAUGUAAACUCUUAAAAUAUUGAAAUUUCACUGCGAUCAAACAAUGCCUGGGGAGCAUAAUCAGAAAUGUGACCGUGGCAUAGUCUCUUGAUAUUUUAUGCAAAACUAUUUUGACUUUAGGCUUACCCGAAGUUAUAAAGCUUUGUGUAUGUACCUAGGGCUUUCAAUUAUCAAUGGGGGUGGGUGGGAGUCAGUUUUAGUUAGUUUGCAUGUGAACAGUCCAUGAAGGAAUGAAAGUGUCAACUGCAGUGGAAACUUUCUAUAGAAAUGAUGGGCAAGGCACCAUUCUUGUAUGAAGGAGGCCACUGUUUGUGCUAGAAUGGCUCUUGCAGUAGAGAGCAGUAAGAGCUAUGAAGUCGGCAUCAGAGCCCAAAUUGGGCUUUAAAUGGAUAGCCAAGGCAUCCACAUUGCAAUUUCUUUUACAUUGGUGCUUAAAUUUGGAGCUACAGUAGAGUCCCAAAAA